UUCCGCAUUCGCAAACACACUGAUCAUCAUGGCGCUGGCAAGGAACAUCUACAACUUGCUGUUUAAAAGAACAUCGACUUUUGCCGUCACCAUCAUGGUGGGAGCCGUGUUCUUCGAGCGAGUGUUUGACCAGGGCGGCGACGCGCUAUUCGAGGGUUUAAACCGGGGGAAACUAUGGAAAGAUAUUAAACACAAAUAUGAAAAUGAGGAAUAAGAAGGAUGUCAUCUGGUGAUGUCUUGAUGGAGUGCCCAGCCACCACUUUUCCCGAACGCCACGUUUCCUGAAGAUGCAGUCCUUUGUCUCUUGAAGACGUCAUCCUGUGUGGCCUUGGGAUCCAGAGAGACUUUAUGAUCACCAUGGAAUAGAUCUGAGUACCAUUAACUCGCUCUGAAUAUUGCAUCAUAGAUCUUGUAUUCCUCACAUUUUGUAAAUGUGUACUUAAAUUAAGUCUGUGUUAAUAAAUUUGACAUGAUAUGUUA